AUGCUCCUGACCCUUGAAGAACAGUACUCCAAGGAGGCUCUGCAAGAGGAAAAUCCAAUAACAUUCCUGCAGUCGGUCAAUGAUUUAGUCAAGGAAAUAGACAAUGAGGUGGCUAGACUCUACCAACCUGUCAGCAGUUUAAAGUAUGACCCAAUUAAAAACCUUCAAAUCAACUUUGAACAUAUUGCCUCUGGUCUGCGUGCUCUUUUCCCACAGCCAAAUGUUCUCAUGAAGCUGAAGGAUGAUCUGAAAAGACAACCAUAUAUUGCCGAGGACGAGGAGACAUCUUUCAUUCCUUCGGUGGCCUCUAAAUUCUCCAUCAAUCUGACUUCAAAUGACAAUAAUAUAAAUAGCAAAAAUGAGUUUGUGAAAACAGCAGACGAAGAUGACCAAAUGAGACCAAAGAGCACACCUCCAAUGUUGAGACGCCCAAUGAACAAAGAGGAUAAGAUCACAUAUACAGAAAAUGAUAUGAUGGAUUCAUCAUCCUUUAAGGACAUAUUGCCAUGGUCCCCUCCCAGUCCAGUUUCUCUCUACCAGAGUUUAGCUUAUCCAAAUGUAGUUAAGGUGUUAAGUAGUGUUUACUUUUAUGAGAUAAUAAAUAAGGGUUUAGGAAUGAGUCAACUAUGUUACAUGACAGAGUAA